AUGAGUUCCUAUUUUGUGAAUCCCACUUUCCCGGGGAGCUUGCCCAAUGGCGAGUCUUCUUUCCUGGGGCAGCUCCCCCUCUACCCAGGGGGCUACGAGGCCGCUCUAAGGCACUUCCCGGGCUCCUAUGGGGCCCGCAGCUUGCCGGACAAGACCUCCUCACCUUGCUUCUCCAAACAGUCCCAAACGGUCAUCGCCUGCAACCGGGCUUCCUAUGACUAUGGCGCCUCUUGCUUCUAUGCAGAGAAGGACCUGGGUGGGGGAGCCCUCUUGCCUCCGGGGCAACCAAGCCAAGGGGCAACCACCUUGGACUACCUGCCCUGCUUUGCCAGCUCUGACCGCAGUACAAGCCCGAGAGCGGGCGGCCAAAGCCUAAGCGAGGAAGGCAGCGACCGGAAGUACUCCAGCCCUGUUUAUCCCUGGAUGCAGAUGAACUCGUGUGCUGGUACAAUAUAUGGAUCCCACGGGAGACGGGGCAGACAGACCUACACCAGAUACCAAACCUUAGAAUUAGAGAAGGAAUUCCAUUACAACCGAUACUUAACCAGGAGGCGACGGAUUGAGAUCGCAAACGCCCUCUGCCUUACUGAACGACAGAUUAAGAUCUGGUUCCAAAACAGGCGGAUGAAGUGGAAAAAAGAAAGCAAAUUGAUCAAUUCCACCCAACCCGGCGAAGAAGAAUCAGAGGAAAAGCCAGGGGAGUAAAAAUAAUGCUUAAUAAAAGUC